ACUGUAUGCGACAUCUUACGAUCAGGACAUCACCUAUGGCUAGCUCGGUGCAACCACGGACGAUCUUAACGCCCAAUGCCGAAAAUCUUUUGUGUUCACUUCUGACAUCUGCUUUACUUUCAAGAGAUCCCAAUUUAUUUCAUUUCCUUUUAUGUACUUUUCUUUGUUUGAACUCACGGCCGAACUGAACGCGCCAGAGUCCUGUCAGCAAUGCUCAUCCUUAGCUCAGUUACGAAUGUAACUUUUGUUUUCCCUCACUGUGGGGUUUUUCUUUUCAUAACAAUUAGCCAAAUUGCUGAAUCUUCAAAUAAAUUUUAUCAGGUUCGAUUCCCCGAUUCGGAGAUUUUUUGUUUUUGUUUUGCAAAAAACUGUCAUAGCAACGGCGAGAAAGUUAGGUCUCUGAGUCCGAGGUCGCAGACCGAAAGCCUGUAUUCAUUAUAUGAGGAAUAAGUGGAUCCCUGGACUGUUGUUAUAAUCUUUCUGUGUUCGCGUAUAGCAACAAGUUUUGGGUGACACACUCCCCUACACUUUUACACCUGGCCCAUCGCAUCUCAACAUAGCAGACAGUCCCUCCCGCCAGUUGACUUCCCAAUUAGAAUGAAGCAUCGCGCCAAACUUCUUCGGCUGUUGAAUCAGUUGUGAGGUCCCCACACAAUAGACUUAUUUGCGACGGAAGCGAAUCGGCAGGUUCCAGCAUAUGCAUCUUGGAGUUGGAGA